CUUUAUUACGCGAGAAAGCCCUUUCCAAAUUCAAAUUCGAACAGCGCCUCAAAGUGCAAAACCUAAGAUGCAAUCUCGGCCGUCCGUUUCAUCUUCAUCCUUCAUUUACAUUCCUUUCUCCGUCCUGCUUCACUGCUGAAAUCAUGCGAAUCUAGAGAGAGAGAAAAAGAGAGAGAGGGAGAGAGAGUUUGAAGAGAGAUAGAUAGAACUCUUUACAAGCUCGAGAAAUUUUGGAUUUUGCUGCUCAAUUCAUUACACAGUUUUUGUUUCAGAUUAGGGUAUUAUAAUGUCAAAGGAGACCAAGCUUUCCCGUAGAGAUUCCGACAAUCACGAUGGCGAAAUCGAGAAUAUUCCUGAAAAUCUCAGAGCUUCGCUUUUGUCUCAAACCUCAUUGAAGAAUCCUAAACACGAAAAGGAAUGUGGAAGUAAGAUCGAUAGAACUCCUUCUAAGCCUAGAGCUAAGAACCCAGAUCCAGCAUUGCCUUUACGGACGCCUGAUAAGUAUCGAUCAGCAGCCGCCGCGUUUUCUAAGAAUCGGUUUGGUUGGGGAGAUAAGUGUGAUUCUAUCACUAACACAACGAAUGCGGGUUUGUUGAAUACCACUCCUAAAACUGGUAGAGUUGUUGGGAGAGCUCAUUCAGAGACCAAUUCGACGCAGAAUACGCCUACUAAGAGUGUUUCUAAGCCUCCGGGAUCUUGUUACCGAGGGAAGCUUGAUGGGACUGGAGCUGUUAGAGUUGGUGGUUAUGCGUCGUUGUAUAAAGGCUUGUCUAGUUCUUCUGGACAAGUUUCAGCAGUUGUUAACUCGGUCGAAGUUCCUCACUUUAGCCUUAAGGAGGAUCCAUCUUUCUGGAUGGAUCACAACGUACAGAUUCUUAUACGUGUCCGACCACUUAAUAGCAUGGAGAAGAGUACAAAUGGGUACAAUAGGUGCUUAAAGCAAGAAAGCUCGCAAUGCGUAGCAUGGAUUGGACCACCAGAAACACGAUUCCAGUUCGAUCACGUGGCGUGUGAGACAAUUGACCAGGAAACCCUUUUUCGGGUAGCCGGUCUGCCCAUGGUGGAAAAUUGCUUGUCUGGCUACAACAGCUGUAUAUUUGCAUACGGCCAGACAGGAAGUGGAAAAACAUAUACAAUGCUCGGGGAAGUCAGUGAUUUAGAAUUUAAACCAAGUCCCAACAGAGGAAUGAUGCCUCGGAUAUUUGAGUUUUUAUUUGCAAGAAUACAAGCUGAGGAAGAGAGCAGAAGAGACGAGAGACUUAAAUACAGUUGCAAAUGCUCUUUCCUUGAGAUUUACAAUGAACAAAUUACAGACCUUCUUGAACCUUCUUCAACAAAUUUGCAGCUUCGAGAGGACAUUAAAAGCGGUGUCUAUGUGGAAAAUCUCACUGAAUGUGAAGUACAAAGUGUUCAAGACAUCUUAGGGCUUAUCACACAGGGUUCUUUGAAUCGAAGAGUCGGAGCCACAAAUAUGAACAGAGAGAGCAGCCGAUCACAUAGUGUAUUUACAUGCGUAAUCGAGAGCAGAUGGGAAAAAGACUCAACAGCUAAUAUGCGUUUUGCAAGACUAAACUUGGUUGAUCUCGCUGGAUCAGAGAGGCAGAAAACUUCUGGCGCUGAGGGUGACCGCCUAAAAGAAGCUGCUAGUAUCAAUAAAUCAUUGUCCACACUAGGACAUGUAAUUAUGGUUCUUGUGGAUGUGGCAAAUGGUAAACCAAGGCAUAUUCCAUAUCGUGAUUCCAGGCUGACAUUUCUUCUUCAGGACUCACUGGGUGGCAAUUCUAAAACAAUGAUCAUUGCUAAUGCCAGUCCUUCCGUCAGUUGUGCAGCAGAGACGCUAAACACUCUUAAAUUUGCUCAGAGAGCAAAGCUAAUCCAGAACAAUGCUGUGGUCAAUGAAGAUUCCAACGAGGAUGUCCUGGAAUUACGCCGUCAAAUCCGACUUUUAAAGGAAGAGCUUUCCCUCCUCAAGCGCCAGAACAUAUCCAGGGCAUUGUCAUUUGGAUCAGCAACAGCCAACUUUGCAGAAUUACAAGUCGAUUCGCCAUCAAGUGAAAUGCAUGAGACAGGACAUCAGCAGGCUGGUAACUUGCUUGUGUAUGAAUCUGGAGGCUGUGUAAGGAUGUCUAGAAAGCAGUUGAAAUCUUUGGAGAUAACACUUGCUGGCUCAUUAAGAAGGGAACAUGUGGCUGAUGCUUCAAUUAAGAAGCUUGAAGCUGAGAUAGAGCAUCUAAACCGUUUGGUUCGACAAAGGGAGGAAGAUACUAGGAGCACAAAAAUGAUGCUCAGGUUUCGAGAAGACAAGAUACAGAGGCUGGAAUCACUUCUUGGCAACCAUAUAUCUACAGAUUCUUUUUUGCUGGAAGAGAAUAACGUGUUGUCAGAAGAGAUUCAGCUGCUUCAAGCUAAAAUUGAUAAAAAUCCUGAACUGACUCGAUUUGCCUUGGAAAACAUAAGGCUUCUGGACCAACUUAGAAGAUUUCAAGAGUUUUAUGAAGAAGGUGAGAGAGAAAUUCUACUGGGCGAAGUCUCAAAUCUGCGAAACCAGCUCUUCCAGUUUCUUGAUGAAAAUUCUGACUGGCAAAAACAUGUUGAUGAGGGAAUAGAGCCACAGGGUGCAUCACAUAUGAGCAAAGAAAAUUGUUCUCUACAGGAGGAGUUAAGAAAGACCUCUUACGAGCUUGAAAAAUGUAGAAGUAAUCUUGGUUCUUGCCUGGAAGAGAAUGCAAAGCUUAGUAGAGAAAUCCAUGAUCUACAGGCUAUGGUCAGCGAUAUCAGAGCUUGCACACCUAAUGAACAUAGCAUUGGAAACAAACAAAAGGCCCUGUUGGGAACUCAAAAUGUUGAGUGGCACGAAACACUUGCUGGUCAGCAGGUCAAUUAUGUAGAAGAAAUCAUCAAACUGCAGCUUGAUUUAGAUGUACUGAAAAUUAUACUCGAUGAGGAAAGAACACUACGUGGUGAUACAGAGGCACAGGCAGUUCGCUUGAAAUUCGAUAUUGGAGAGUUGAAGGACCAACUACUUUUGAUAAGCAAGCAGCAAGAAAAUGUAUAUAGUGAGCUGGGAGAGACAAAAUCUGUAGUUGAAGCUCUCAAAUCACAGAACCUUAUAUUGAUCCAAGAAGCAGUGGAGUUGAGGAGAAUAAAGGAGAACUAUAUUGAGCUUUUACAAAUGCAAGAGCUUGAUAUCCCAGCAAUGAAGUCCAAACAGCGCAAUGAGUUCAAAGAUAACCCUGCAGAGGAUAAGGCAAUUGAUACAAAGUUUAAGAAGAUGCAUGCAUCUCUUGAAAAAGCUAAGAGGUUGAACAUGUUGUACAAGAGUGAUAUUGCUUCUAAGGCAUGUGGAGAUGAAGAAAUGGACGAAGUUUGCAAGCAAGCUGAAGCUGCAACUGCUGAGGUGAUUGUCUGUUUGCAGAAUGAGCUUGAAGUUCUUCAGAAGGAGGUCAAUGAUUUCCAAUCAAAAGAAAACGUGACUGAAAAGCAGGUACAGAUUUUAGAAACUCAGAUGGAGGAGCUGCAGGAUAACUUACGAGACACGACCACGGAUAAUGAGAAGUUGCAAGAAAAGCUCAGAGGCAAAGACAUUGAACUACAGAUCAUAUCAAACGAAAUGGAACUUCUCACAUCUGAGCUUGAAGAAAUUCUUCUGAAUGGGAAUGAAGGCCUUACAGAUGCGUGUUACCAGGCUGAUCUCAUUUCGGGUUCCUUACCAGAUAAAAGGAUAUGGAUAUCUGAACAGGUUGGAGGAUUAAUAAGAAUACUUUCUGAGAGGGAAUUAAUGAUUGAAGAUCUUGAAAGCUGUUUAGAGGAUGCCAAUAAAAAACGAUGCGAUAUAGAAUCCAUGUUGAAGUCUCUUAGAGGAGCAGCGAUAGUAAUGAAUGAAGCGCACCAGAGAGAGUUUGAGGAAAAGGAGACACACGUUCUCCUCCUGAAAUCGCAGUUGUGCACAAAAACAGAGACCAUAUCAAGGCUUCAAGAGAAGCUGAAGAUGGCUGAAAGGUUGAUUUAUGAAGCAUCAGAUUGUGCAACAGCUUCUCUAAUAAUUGUCAACCGAUAUUCUGAGGUAACCGAAUCCCAUGCUUUUGAGUUGAAGCAAAAGGAUUUUCAGCUUGCGGAAUCUGCUGGAACAAUUCUUUCUCUGAAACAACAAGUACAAAAGUUGGAAGCAACCUGUAAGGAAUUUAGAAGCAAACUUCUAGAUGAAGAAAAGAAUGCUUCUGCUAUGGAACAAAAGCUUGAAGAAAUUGAGGAGACUGGCAUUUCGGCGAUGAAAGAGAAGAUUUCUGAGCUCAGGGGUGGCAUAUCUGGACUGAGAUCAUGCAUAAAUAUGUGUCAAGAGCAUGAAAAAUACCCUAAGGAAGAGAAUUCACUAGGUUCUCCUGCCCACUGUAGUGAAGGACAGGAACCUGGAAGGAAUGUCGUUGUCUCCUCUUGCAUAGAGAAGACUCCAAACAACAAUCAUACAGAGUCCAUGAAAUUGAGCAGCAAGGUGUCUAGUGAGAGAGGUAAAGUGAUCAUACUGCUAAAGCAAGAAAUGGAAUCUGCACUUGUAAGCUUGAGGGAGGUUCAAGUUGAAAUGGCCAAACUCCAGGGUGAGAAGGAAGAGCUAAAGGCAUCUGAGAAAAGAAGCUUAAGCAACUUGAACAAUCUUGCUGCACAGUUUUGCAACCUUGAAACUGUGAUGAAGGACAUGGAAGAACAAUAUGAGCACAGGAUGGAAGUCACAGAUCAUAAACUUAAGACUUUGGAGCAUGAAUUAGCUAAGAUAAAGACAGAGGCUGACCAAGAAUAUGUAGAAAAGUUGUGUGUUCUUAAGAAAUUUGAGGAGGCUCAAGGAGUUAUUAAAGAAGCAGAUAUCACAGUCAAUGAGCUCAUAAUAGCGCACGAAAAGACGAAAUUUGACAUGGAGAAGCAGAAGAAAAGGGAAACCAGCUUGGUUGGAGAGAAAAACGCCUUAGUUGACAAGCUGCAGGAGCUGGAAACCAUAAAUGUCAAAGAAAAUGAGAAACUUGCGUACCUUGAGAAACUAUUCGAGUCAAGUUUGAUGGGAAUAGGAAAUCUUGUUGGAGAGCUGGAAAGUGUUGUCAGAAAAUUACAAGAUGAAUCAUCUGUGGCCUUGACUGGCAUGGCCAAUGAUUUAUCUGACUUUAAGGCUUGGGUUUCAGAAACUAACUCAGCUAGAUUAUUCCUUGAGGAUAUUUGGUCAGAAAUAAUCAUGAAGGAUUGUGCUCUCUCAGUUCUACACCUAUGCCAUAUGGGGAUUUUGUUAGAAACCGUUACAGGGAUCAAUACUGAAAAUGGACUGCUUCAACGUGGUCUUUGUGUAUCAAACUCUUCCAUAGCCGGAUUAAGAGAUAACAAUCUGAGAUUAAGAAGGGAGCUUGAAAUGUUUGCAAAUCUGAAGGGUAAACUACUGACUGAUAUAAAGAAUGGUUUUGAGAGAAUUUCAAGAAAUGAAGAAGCAACUAAUCUGCUUACUACCAAAUUAAGCAGUUUUGAUCAGAAAAUUUCAGGCUUACAGUACCAGGAGGAGCUGAUGUUGCAAAGAUCUAACAGCAUGGGGUCUCAGCUUGAUAUUUUGCUGAAAGAAAUAGAUUUGAGCAAUUGGAACCUUGCAGCAACUCUGUUGGAGCAAGAGCGGCAUCUGAAUCAGAAAGAUGAUUUCUUUGACACUGAAGUUCAGCUUUAUUUAAUGGACCUUUGCUCAAAGGAUGUUGAGUCGCUUGUUCUGGCGCAAACAGUUAAAGAAUAUUCUUCUUGUCUAGCAGUUGUGGAUAGAGAGCUUCUUGAUCAUCAUGCCAUCGUUGAGGAUCUUAAAGAGAAAAUUUUUGUUUCCCAGGUGGAGGGUGAGCUCAAAGACCGAUGUCUGGUAGAUAACAAAUUGGAGACUGUUUCAGUGAUAGAAGAGCUGACUGAAGCAAAAAGUAAAAUCAAGGUUCUCUCAUCCGAUCUUGAUCGCAGUGUGCAAAAAAUCACCGAAAUAGACGAAGUAAACAAGGUUUUUGGAGAAAGAGUCAUCUUCUUGGAGUCUCGCAUCACUGGCCUACAGCAAGAACUGGCGAUGAAAGCUUCUGAACUUUACAGUCUCGAACAUUCCCAGUCAGUCACUGCAGAAGAAUUGGAUAUCAAAGAAAGGGAUAUACAAGUUUAUUCUGACGUUGUCAGUUCGUUGAAGAAGGAAAACAUAUUCCUUAAGAACAAGUUCAUACAUUUUGGUGAAGAUCAAUUAAAAGCACUAGAUGUCACGAGGUUAAGCAUUGCCAAAUGCUCACAUCUAGCUGAAGAUAGCAAGAUACUGGAAAAACUAACCAGAGAUGGUGUGGCUAUUUCUGAUAAAAUGUUGCAACUGAUAUGUGAAAACGUCAGUAAGGCUUCAGGAUUCGAAAACACUGUUCAAUCUUUGCAGAUUGAUGUACAAGACUUGUUGUCUGAGAAUCUGAAUCUCCAGGAUGAGCUUUUGAGAAAGGAUGAUGUUUUAAAGGGGUUGUCUUUUGACCUCAGCCUACUACAAGAAUCUGCUUCCAAUUCCAGGGACAAGAAAGAUGAAACAAAGGAAAUCAUGGUUCAUGUUGAAGCUUUAGAGAAGACACUAUCUUUGAAAACCUUUGAACUCGAAGAUGCUGUUUCUCACGCCCAAAUGCUUGAAGUUCAACUGCAAGAGAGCAAAGAAAUAACUCAGAACCUUGAAGUGGAUACUGAAAAGGCAAGGAAGUGCCAAGAAAAGCUGUCAGCGGAAAAUAAAGACAUUAGAGCGGAAGCUGAAGAUCUCUUGGCAGAAAAAAGCUCUCUAGAGGAGGAACUGAUCCAGACAAAGAAGGUAUCAGAGAGCAUGGAGAUGGAGCUCUUUAAUCUAAGAAAUGCUCUCGGACAAUUGAAUGAUACAGUUGCGUUUACCCAGAGAACACUGAAUGAGGCCAUCGAUGACAGGGAUAAUCUCCAAGAUGAGAUUGUGAAUCUGAAAGAAGAAUUCGGGAAGAUGAAAUCUGAGGCUAAAGAAAUGGAAGCUAGGUACAUAGAAGCUCAACAGAUUGCUGAAUCAAGAAAGACAUAUGCCGAUGAGAGAGAAGAAGAAGUGAAGCUAUUAGAAGGAUCAGUUGAGAAACUUGAGUAUACUAUCAAUGUACUUGAAAACAAGGUUAAUGUUGUCAAAGGUGAAGCUGAAAGACAGCGUCUGCAAAGGGAGGAGCUGGAAAUGGAGCUUCAUACCAUACGCCAGCAGAUGGAAAGUGCUAGAAAUGCUGAUGGGGAAAUGAGAAGAAUUUUAGAUGAAAAGCAUAUGGAUCUUGCGCAAGCUAAGACGCAUAUAGAAGCACUUGAGAGAAAUAAGGCUGAUCAAAAGACCGAGAUAAAUCAACUCAGUGCACAUAUCUCGGAAUUAAAUCUGCAUGCAGAGGCUCAGGCUAGAGAAUACAUGCAUAAGUUCAAGGAGUUGGAAGCAAUGGCUGAGCAAGUAAAGCCAGAAAUCCAUGUUUCUCAAGCUAUAGAUUCUUCGUUGAGUAAAGGUUCAGGGAAACCUCGGGGUUCUGGCUCUCCUUUCCGAUGCAUAGGGUUGGGAAUUGCACAACAAAUGAGGUCUGAGCAGGAUGAGGAGCUUGCUGCUGCAAGGCUACGAAUUGAGGAGCUUGAAACUGUAGUUGCAACCCGGCAGAAAGAGAUAUUUUUAUUGAAUUCAAAACUCGCCAAGGUGGAUAGCAUGACACAUGAUAUUAAUCGAGUUUUGCUGGGAGUCAAACAGAAUGUGACAAAUUGUGCGUCAUUUUUGGAUAGUCAACAAGUCUUGAAGAUAGCAGAGAUGCUUCAACAUAAUAGUUCAGAUUCACGAGAAACGGAUCUUGAAGUCUCUCAUCUCAAGCAGCAACUCAAUGAAUACAAUGAGGAAAGGCAAGGAUGGAUACAGGAAAUCGAAGGAAAGCAGACAGAUUUAGUUACCACGCAGAUAAAACUCGAGGAACAUCGGCAGUAUGAGCAGCUGCUUAAGAAAGAGAAUGAAUUACUUAAGAAGGAGAAUGUUAGUCAUAAAAGAAAAGUGAUGGAGCUUGAAGGAGAAGUGAAUAAGCUAUCGUCUCAUCAAAACCCUGAAUGGAGAACUCGUGAUCAAGCUCGAAUCAAGGAAGAAAACAAUGUGUUGAAACUUCAGCUUGAUGAGCUCAAUCUGAAGUUACGGCGAGCAGAUGUGAGUGUUUCUCGUGCCAAAGAAGAGCUUGCCUUUUACCGAGCAUCUUCUGGAAAGAACCCACAUUCAAACUUUGACAAAACGCAUCAGUUAAGUACCAAACUGAAGGAAACCAAAGAGGAUAGAAUGCAGCUUGCUCAGAAGCUAUUAGGUCUCUGCACCAGUAUCCUAAAGGCAGCAGGUGUAACAGGAGAAGACAUUACAGACAUAAACCCUGAAGUUGCUGAAGAGGCACUUGAACAGCUCAAGACAAAACUUGGUUUACUUGAAAGUGAACUACACCACUUUAGAUUAAAGGGAAAAAUUAAGAGCAGAAGAAGUAGGAAUCCUGAGAGAAAGAUGCCGUCAGUGCCUUCGCCUCGAAGAUCAUGGAGCCAGAGUCCAAGAAGGAUGUCUCAGGUUCCUUUUUUCUCUUCUUUAGAUAGGUGAAAGAACGAUAUGCUUGUAUGAGAAAAAUCAGUCAGUGUAUAUUUAUGAAUGUUUUCAUGUAAUUGUCAUACUUGAUUGAUUAGUAAAUAAUAUUUUAUAAACAUUCAACGAAA